AUGAGAGCCGCGUUCUUCUCGUUCCCAUGGCUAACCAGAUACCGGGCUCCAAUCAUCCACCCUCCGACCACCAGUAGUACAGGAAAUAGGAUCUAUACUGCGGUACGUGAAUCAAGUGAAUUAAGCAACUAUCUCCUCUUCAAAGAACCGUUGGUUCUCAACUUCACCAUCCGUGGGAACAAAAAGUGCAAUAAGUUGACCCAGCCAUUGUAUGACUACGUCUCGGAGCAAACUACCAAGAAAAUCAAUGUUGUUGAUAUUGAAUGCGACGAAGUUGGCACCAGAGAGCUCAUGCAGAGGUAUGUGGUUAGCGAUAUUCCGUGCUUGGUGGUAUUGAAAGACCAGAUUCCUGCCGGCAGGUAUGUGGACCGGAACUUGACCAACGACGAAAACAGCAACAUUGAUUUGGAACGUUUAAAAGCCUUUAUUGAUCUCCAUGGUUUGGAUUGA